AGCCAUUAACCGCUCCAUGACAGUUGGUAAAACCAUAGCGAGCAAAGCAGCUCGUACAGUCCAAGAAAUAUCCAAAAAUCAACACCUUCCUAACAAUUCUCGAGUAUUUUCGCUCAUUCAACCGACUGGAAAAUUCCAUAUUGGUAACUAUUUAGGAGCAAUCCAAUCAUGGAAAACCUUAUCUGAAACUGAAUCACCAGGAACCCAAUAUAUAUUUGGAAUUGCUGAUCUUCAUGCUAUAACCACUGGUGUCAAACCUGCCGGUGAAUUGAGAUCAAAUCGUCAUGAAGCCAUGGCCGGAAUUUUAUCUUGUGGUCUUAAUCCCAAGAAAUGUAUUUUGUUCCAUCAAAGUUCAGUACCUGAACAUGCGGAAUUGCAUUGGUACUUGACUUGUCUUACUAGUAUGGGUGCCCUUAAUAGAAUGACCCAAUGGAAGCUGAAAGCCAGACAAUUGGGUGACGACGAACUGGAUCAAUUAAAGUUUUUGGAACAUACAAAAGCAGGGCUAUUGUGUUAUCCUAUAUUACAAGCAGCAGAUAUUUUGAUUUAUAGAAGUACACAUGUUCCAGUUGGUGAUGAUCAGUCUCAGCAUUUGGAAAUGUGUAGGAGUGUUGCUAUCAAUUUUAACAACAGUUACAAGACAAACUUCUUCCCUAUUCCACAGACCUUACUUACACCAUCAAAGAAGAUCUUAAGUUUAAGAAACCCAUUAAAGAAAAUGUCAAAAUCUGACCCUGAUCAAAGUAGUUGCAUUUAUAUAACGGACGCACCAGAAGUUAUUGCGAAAAAGAUUAGAAAAGCAACCACUGAUUCGGUUCAAGGCCCAGUCUACUUUGAUCCAGAAGCAAGACCGGGAGUUUCAAACUUGAUCAACAUAUUAAGUGGAGUUACAAGUCAGUCAAUUGAACAGGUGGUUGAAGAUUUGGCUUAUGUUAAAGACCAUAAGCAAUUCAAGGAUCACGUGACAGAUGUGCUCGUGACUGAAUUUAAGCAGCAACGAGAACUAUUUGAAGAGUUAAUGAAGGAUGGUGUAUAUUUAGAGAAGGUUUGUCAUGAAGGUAGAGAUAAGGCAAGAGAGAUUGCCACUAAAAACAUUGAAGAAGUUAGAAAAUUAAUCGGUAUGGAUUGAAAUCUGGAGUAGUAUGUUCCUUGUAUAUAGUUUGUACAUAGUUAAGGUAGACGAAAUUGUUAUUGAUGUACAUUGUUACUACCGAUCAAUGUAGAAUUGAGUGAC